AUGUUGAUUGCUGUUAGUGGAACUAAGUGUAGUGGGGUCGAAAUCUUGAUCAAUUUGCUCUCUGAGAACUACAAUUUCGAAGAAGUUGACCACAAUGAUAAUCCUGUAAAUAUAUUGAAUUAUAUUACCAAAUAUUACGAAAAAGAUAUGGUCAUCUAUUUAGAUUCAUUGGACCUCUUCUAUACGUUGGAGAAAAGACCCUUUUUUGUACAUAUAUCUAUCGAUUCCUCCGUUUCAUUACGUCUUAAGAGGCUCUCAUUAGAACAUCCUGAUAGGAACCCGAUCGAUCUUAUUAAAACUUUAGACACCCAUGAUUUCAAUUCUAAAGCUAUAGAGUUGCGUGAGAAAUCGAAUUUCAAAUAUAAGAUAUUAGAAGACACCAAUGCUGGCGAUCUUAAUGAGAUGAUACGUUCUAAGUUAUCAAUGAUAAUAAAUUCACAGUUGGACAUUCUAAGAAAUAAGAAAAAAGAUAAUCCAGAAGAAAUUAACGCCCCAUUGAGGCCAGAUUGGGAUACCUACUUCAUGAAACUUGCCACGUUGGCGGCCUCUCGUUCCAACUGCAUGAAACGUAGAGUUGGUUGUGUUAUUGUCAGAGAUAAUAGGGUCAUUGCUACUGGUUAUAACGGAACCCCACGUCAUCUAACAAACUGCUUCAAUGGUGGUUGUUCACGUUGUAACGAUGGAGAAUCAAGAAAUUUACACACUUGUUUGUGUCUCCAUGCUGAAGAGAAUGCUCUGUUAGAAGCAGGAAGAGAUAGAGUUGGUUCUAAUGCAAUCCUGUACUGCGACACUUGCCCAUGUUUAACUUGUUCCGUUAAGAUCGUGCAGACGGGUAUCACCGAAGUUGUUUACAGUCAAUCUUAUAGUAUGGAUGAAGGUAGCUUCAAAGUCUUAAGGGACGCCAAUGUUGUAGUAAGACAAUUUAGUUUCAUUCAAGAACCGAGAAUUGUCAUUGUCUAA